UUUUUUUUUUGUUAACUCUAGGUUUUAAUCAAGCAUCCGGGCAAAGCGCACAGCUAGCACAAAGGCCCUGGGGCCCAUAGGCGCCCGAUGCAUUUGGGGAACAUAAAGAGGCCCGGGUGUGUCCAGUGGCAUAAGGGAGGGGGAGAACAGGAGGAAAUGAGGUUAGAGAGGCACUGACGGGCCGAAGGGACCUUGUGGCCAAGGUGAGGAGUCUGGGUGAUCUUGUCUGGCCGGAGGUCAUUGGCUCAGCAUCUCUCAUUCCUCUGCUCACUUUUUCAGCCUCGCUGACCUCCCGGUGCCUGAACAUAGCCUUCCCUGUCCUACCUCAGUGCCUUUGUUCAUGCUGUUUCUGCCGCUUGGAAGAUUCCUCCCCUCCUUUGCAUUCCUGGCUCCCUGCCUUUCAGGUUUCACUGUGCAUCACUUCCCCAGGGGGCCCUUUUAAAAAAGAUUUUAUUUAUUCAUGAAAGACACACACACAGAGGCAGGCAGGGACACAGGCAGAGGGAGAAGCAGGCUCCAUGCAGGGAGCCUGACGCGGGACCUGAUCCCACGUCUCCAGGAUCGGGCCCUGGGCCAAAGGCAGGCGCUAAACCGCUGAGCCACCCGGGCGUCCCCAGGUCACCGUUUCUAAGUUCUAUCCAGCCUGUCCGCUUACUCAUCCAACAGGUACUUCUUGAGUACCUGCCAUGUGCCAAACUCCAUUCUAGGCACUGGGAAUACAGCAAUCGAAACACCACACAAGCCUUGCCCCCUGGGGUUCACACUCUCGUCAGGAGGGAGACCGUGGGUGAGGUCAGGCAUAAGAGCUACGGAGAGAGUAGUACAAAGAAUGGUGAUAGGGAAUCCUCGGGGCAGCCGCUUUCAGGGAGAAGGUAGCAUUGAGUAAAUACUUCCAGGGAGGGAUCUCCGAGGGCAGAGCAGCGGAAACCGCCAGUGCAAAGGCCCUGAGAUUUAUUUUUUAUGAGAGACAGAGAAGCAGAGACACAGGCAGAGGGAGAAGCAGGCUCCACGCAGGGAGCCCUGUGUGGACUCGAUCCCGGAUCCUGGGAUCACGCCCCGAGCCACCCCGGGGGCGUCCCGAGUCGCAGUUUGAGGGGCCGGAGCCAAGCGGCGUAGCCGUCGCCAGCGCCUCUGCACCUGCCCAGGUGAGGCGUGCUCAGCGCGCAUGCGUGCAGGCGCAACUUAAAGCGCCCGCCGCCGGCCGUUCGCUCCAGCAGGAAGAGGGGCGCUCGGCUGGUCCACCGCCGCCCCCCAACGCCAGCGUGGAGGAUGCCGGUGAGAUGCGGCGGCCGGGGUCCCGCCUCCCGGCCCUCUCCGGCGCUGACCCCCGCCCCUCUCCCUUGCAGAGCCCCGCCGCCUCCCCCGACCGCAUCCCCGACGGCCCGCGGGGGUCUCCCGGACGCCGGGAGGGGCCCCGCGGGCCGUGCGCGCCGCCGGGGCUGGCGGAGGCGCUGAGCGCGCUGGGGCUGGAGGGGGAGCGCGAGUACGCCGGGGACAUCUUCACCGAGGUCAUGGUGUGCCGCGCGCUGCCCCGGAGCGCCCUGCCCCCGACCGUGACCCCGGAGAUGCGCGCGCUGGUGGUGGACUGGCUGAUCCAGGUGCACGAGUACCUGGGCCUGGCGGGGGACACGCUCUACCUGGCGGUGCACCUGCUCGAUUCCUACCUGCGCGCGGGCCGAGUGCGCCUCCACCGCCUGCAGCUGCUGGGCGUGGCCUGCCUGUUCGUGGCCUGCAAAGUGGAAGAGUGCGUGCUGCCCGAGACCGGGAAAUCGAGGUUCAGAUCGGAGACUGAGCCGCUCCCGGGGCGACAGGGCAGGGAGCACCGCCCCCCACCCCGCCCAAGGCCCUCCCACCUCUUUCCCCGCCACCCGCAGUCCGCUUCCCUCUGCUUCCUGGGCGCCGGCUCCUUCUCGCGGGCCGAGCUCCUGCGCGCCGAGCGCCGCAUCCUGAGCCGCCUGGAGUUCCGGCUGCACCACCCGGGCCCGCUGCUCUGCCUCGGGCUCCUCGCCGCGCUGGCCCGGAGCCGCCCAGAGGUGACGCUGCUCGCCACCUACUUUCUGGAGCUGUCGCUGCUGGAGGCCGAGGCCGCAGGAUGGGAGCCGGCUCGGCGCGCGGCCGCGGCGCUGAGCCUGGCGCACCGCUUGCUCGACGGGGCGGGCUCCGGCCUCGAGCCCUCGCUUUACAGGUACGGCUCCCGGGGAGGGGCCCGGUGGCUUCAGGAACCUACUUUCCUGGUCCCCGCCUUUCCGUCUCAGAGAAUGGGCGACAAUGGCCGGGGAGCGGGGGGCGCACCCAGACUUCUCUGGGUGUGAGAAAAUGUCUACCCUUGGGGUGUCAGAGGAUGAGGUGUUUGUCCCGAUUUGGGGACCCUUAAACCUUGCCCCAGGGUGGAAGAUAGGGUGUUCCGAGGCCCGGAAGAUCCGCUAACUGCGGCCCGGGGUUGACAACCUCGAGCCCCCCAGCUCCCCUCUAGCCGCAAAUGCGGUGUCCCUCCAGUUGCCUGAGGGGCGCCCCUCCUCCCCGUUAACCGUGCCACCGGCGAGUUCCCUUGUCGCCCAGCCCAGCCCCCCGCCCCCACCCCCACCCCGGGAUGGAGCUGGACGUCCGUCCAUCCUCGGCCCCGCUCCGUGCCUCCCCGCCGUUCCCGCUCUGCACGGGGAGGCGGACAACCGGGGCGGCCUGCCCGUCCCCGGCGCCCUCCAGCCACUGCCUAAGCUGGAGCACCCCUGAUUGGUCCUCGGGGGCCCCGGCCAACGCGCCUUCACAGGUCGUCCUCGCCGCCGCCCCCGCCCCCGUUUCUCCGUCUCCCCGCCGCAGCCCCGCAGAGCUGCGCCCGCUCCAGCCGUGCAUGGCCCGCGCCGCGCUCCGAGGCCCCGCGCCCGGCCGCGCCGCCGUCUUCCUCAAGUACGCGCGGCCCCAGCGCCAGGGCACGAGCCUCGCCGCCGCCCGCCUGCUCCGCCGCCCCCAGCCCGCGCCUCGCUGAGCCCGGAGGCCGCAUCAAAGGACUGUUCGUGUGUGUCCGUCUCCCACUUCAAUAAAAGAGUUUUUUUUAA